GCCUAGAAAAAGACGAACUCCAGGAAAGGAAACGGCAGCAGACUCUUCUGCAGCGGAGGUUUAUUUUAUGUAAUAUUUUAGAAUGUGAUUUUUUUUUCUGUAAAUACCUGUUUUGGUACCGCGUCAGAUUUUGGUGACUAUGACGACUGUGUUCGUUACCGUGGGAACGACGAGAUUCGACGAGCUCAUAGAGGCUGUGACGUCACGAGAGGCCGUUCAGGCUCUGCUGUCCCGCGGUUACAAACAGCUGGUCCUCCAGGUGGGCCGUGGUUCCCUUCUGCCGGGUCCGGACUCCUGUCCAGGGAUGAGGGUCCAUUCCUUCCGCUUCAAGGAUUCCAUUGCGGCCGACAUUCGGCGGGCUGACUUGGUCAUCAGCCAUGCAGGGGCAGGCAGCUGUCUGGAGACCCUGGGUGCAGGACGGCCACUUCUUGUGGUGGUCAACGACCGGCUCAUGGACAAUCACCAGCUGGAGCUGGCACGGCAGCUGCACGCCGACUCACACCUGCUGUACUGCACCUGCAGGUUGGUGUCCAGCAGUCCCGGUGUGGUACACUGCUGUCCUGGCAGGCACAGCCGCUUAAAAAUACACACACGGCUCAUACACGCAGCCCAUGUGCACGGCUUUAAUUUUCAUUCUUUCUCCACGUUGUGCAACUCGAUAUUUUAGCGAAACACUUCAGGUUAAGGGCUUGUACCUGCAAUCUUUUGGUAGCUGGGCCAGUUCCUUCACCACAGCACUGCAUGCUGGCUCAGAGCAGCCAUUGCUAUAACUGUGUCAUAGCUUGAUAAAAUCAAGGUUUGCAUGGGAUUGGCAUUGAUGGUUAUGUGUGAGGCAUUUGACGUCUGUUUGUAAAUUAAGCCGAACAUUAUGCUCUACUUUCUGGUAAAACAUUAUCGAUCUGUUGAAUCAUCUUCUGUGUUCUCCAAAGGUCUAUUUCUUCCUUUCAGUCUCAGGGUAUAUAUCUUUCUGGCGUUUACUUGGUUUUCAUGGUCCUACAUUUGGCCAAAAUGUUCCUUUGUUUGUCAUUCAGAAAUCAGUGUGAUCUGAACCUCUGUUUGUGCCUGUACAUUUCCAGCACCCUGACUGAGACUUUGAAGACUAUGGACCUUUCUGUUCUUGAACCUUUCUCUCCUGGUCAGCCAGAGAAU